UGACGUUUCCACAGAAAAGUUUUGGUCAUCGAGCAGCAGUGGUUUUUCAAGGUUUUGCUUUAUUUUCAAUAAUUUCAUAAUAAAUUAUUACUAAAAUAUCGUGCAAAAACAGCGAAAAAUAGCAUAGUUCUACAAUCUCGUGGUAAGCGAACUCAUCGAAAGGAAAAAAAAAGGAAAAUCCACCCACUAGCCACCCAUCACCGUGGUUUCGUCGCAGGGGCGGGCGGUCGGCACGCAACAAACAGCAGUUAUCACAACAUAAACAAACAGCGCUUUUCAUAAGCAUUUUCGUAGCAAAGCGCUAUGAUGAUUAUAUGCUUGACCAACAAGGGAUAGAAUAAUUGCACCACUCAAACCUAUUCUCGGAUGCAAUCGUUUUUGGUGGAUGUAAACAUUAGUGCCCAUCGCUAGCACGAGAUUGCUUAAAAUAGUCUAUCUCGAACGAACAAUGGAUCGUCAUCGGCGGCAAAAGUGUAUUAGAAAAUGUCGUGAUCAGGAGGACAAGUCUUUGAAGAACAUAACUGAUGGCAUUAUUAGCCGUUUGCAUUCGCAACUUCAAACGACUCAACAUGCGAGAAUUGACUGUAUGCGUUGAUAUCGUAGUUUUAUUAUAUAACCGUUAUGAUUGCAGUCAAUUAUUGUAUACUAUUACAACUGACUCAAGAAACAAAAAUCUGUAAUAGCGGAAUUCGUUUUCGAAAAACCGGAUAUCACGUAAGACUAAAACAGCUUAGCGCUGAUUUAGCGAAAAAAUAAGCAAUGGAUAAGCAAGACACUUCAAAGCAAAGCAAAGGAAAAAGACCGUUUCUAGGUCUACUAUCAAAACGAUCGUCGCGAGUGGAACCGCAACGAUGUACUGAAAGUGAAGAAGAGCUCGCUGCAUCCGAUUCGGCAAAUAAUUCCACCUUAAAUUUGGCAAACACAAGUCAAAAAUCAAGCAGUUCGAAUCUUCAACAGCAAGCACAGCCAGCAAGAACUGAUGGCAAUGCGAUUAGUAGCAAUACCCCAGCUGUCCCCCAGCAGCAACGUCAGGAUUCUUCCAAUCAAAGUGAUACCAAUUCGUACCAUCUGCUUUCAACAUCGUCCACAGCUACGAACUCGUCCGCUGAUCCAUCCUCGAAAACAAACAACACGUCAUCGUCAUCGUCACAAAAACCGUGCAACAAUUUUACCGCGAGGGAUCAUUCACAAGUUGCUGCUAUUCGUUAUCCAUCAAACAGACUGAGUGGUCCAUUCAACCUUUGCUGUUCAGUAGAUGAAAAUUUGCUCAAAUCUCCGAAGAAGAAUCGAUAUUCUGAUCCACAUGGAGGAAGUAUUUCUUUGGAUUACGGAACUCAGCAGCAAUCGCAGUUGAAUCAGCAACAGCGGCGGCAACAGUUGAGGUUGGAACUUAACGCCAAGGCUUCGACAAAUAGCAAUCGAAGGGAAACGUCUAGCCCAGUAACGAAUGGGGCAAAAAGCAGACCGUUGGAAAUUGGUCAAGAUGUGGCUGGAGCUGUUACGUCAAGUGAAGAAAUCGAUAGCAGCGGUUAUCACAGCAAUAGCCAAACAGGAUUGGUCGAUAACAAGAUUGUCACAAAACCCGUAGUGUUUCGAGAGUAUCAAAAUCACACGCAACGAGCAAUAAUGAGCAGCAAGUCUAGAUUUAAGGAGCGAUUUUUGCCUCCAUUGCCGAAACUCGAAGGCUAUGAAAAAAUGGAGCAACACUACAGUUCACCCAAUAUUGCGGAAACGGAAGAGCCACCGGGAGGAGAUCGUCGCGAUAGUAGAAAAUCGAUGUCAUUUGAUACUGUAACGUCGGGUAACGAGGCUGAUCCGGGAAUUGUCAACCCAGCAAGCACUGAUUCGCUGGCUAGACAAGCUUUAAUGGCGGCACACGUGCUUCAUCUGAUACCGGCGGACAAAGCUCGCCAACGUAAUUUUCUACAUGGUAGACUUGGAACCACCUCUCUCCUGGGUCCAUCCGAACUCGAUAAAGUUCUUCCAACUAGAGAGAUAACAAUUUUUGUUGGCACAUGGAAUAUGAACGGACAAAGUCCACCAAAGCAAAUGAAUGACUUUGUUUUGCCAACCUCUCUCGAGCACGUUCCGGAUAUAAUUGUAUUUGGUACUCAGGAGUCCUACUCGGAGCGGUUCGAAUGGGAAGUAACAUUGCAGGAGACACUUGGGCCAAGUCACAUACUUCUGCACUCCACUAGCCUUGGCACACUUCACUUGGCGGCGUUUAUAAGGCGUGAUCUGAUUUGGUAUUGUUCCGAGCCAGAGGACGCAAAUCUUUCCGUACGUCCCGGCACAGCCUUUCGGACUAAAGGAGCUAUCGCCAUUUCAUUUAGCCUUUUCGGAACAUCUUUCCUUUUCGUGACAUCUCAUUUGACUGCUCAUCAGCAAAAAGUGAAGGAACGAGUUUCGGAUGUAAAGAAAAUUAUCCAUUCGUUAGAUCUUCCUCGGAAUUUAACGGUGAAACAUCGGAACAAGGAUGUGACGCAGAAUUUCGAUAGUGUUUUCUGGUGUGGAGAUUUGAAUUUUAGGCUCAGUGAACCACGCGAUAAGUUGAUGCAUUGGAUAGAAACGACCCAAUUCCCUCUGCCAGCCCAUUUGCCACAUGGGUUCAUGCACACGGAUCAGUUGACGAGUGUCCUAGCGGACGGUGCUGCUUUCAAAGGUUUUCGGGAGGCGAAGAUCACAUUUCCGCCAACAUAUAAGUACGACCCAGGCACGCAGCGAUUCGAUACAUCUAGCAAGCAACGGGCACCCGCGUACACGGACCGCAUUCUCUACAAGUUUAAACCGUUGCCCGUAACUACUGUUCAUCGGCGCAUCAGCAGUGCUACAGGUAGCAAAAUUACACACCCUCCAUCACCGGUCAAAUGUCUGGCAUACGAUUCGGUGCAGAACAUCAUCACGUCGGAUCACAAGCCCGUUUGGGCGCUCUUUCGCAGCAUCGUACGUCCUGGCGUUGACACGAUACCACUGGCAGCUGGAUUGUUCAAUCGGGAUGUCUACCUAGAGGGUAUGAAACGGCGACUCGACAGCUCCGGCUCGAGCUCGUCAGCAGUUUGCAGCAUUCAAUGAUGAUAGUCGAAAUCCGUAAUGUGAUAAGGUAAUCAGCACACAGGUAAUGUUCUUUUUUCUAGUCUAGUGCGUUGUACAGGGUUAGUAAAUAUUUAGCGUCAAUGGACAGUAGGACAAUGUAGGUGCGUGUGAAUCUCCUAGUCCUCUGCUGCUUGAUUUGAUAAACUAGAAUCGGUAGAAUGACACCAAUAGUGAAGGUCUUGUAGCAGUGAAUAUAAUUGCUAAAAAAGAGAAAAAAGACAAAGUAACACGAAUGAUUCCUUUUAAAAGUAACAUUUUUAACAUGUUUAGAGAGUAGAUAGAAACUCACUUUUUCCGGGUUUUGAAAUCAUAUGCGGUUAUAGGUGAGAAAAGCAUCUUGUAGUGGAAGGAUUAGUAUACCAAAGAGUGAAUCUACACUUAUAUGAUAGCCUUGAGGAGGGGUAGUUUAGAAAACCAGUUUCUAGUCAGAAGAUCCAAGUCAAAUUAUUGAUAAGUCUCGUAAAUUUAAGUAAGUGUAAGAAAAAUAGUGAACUGAGAUAAAACAGUCGUUUGAUACCAUCAUAACAUAUCGCGAUUCGAUUUUCACCGUGCGUAGAUACAUGUCAAUUGUUAGUUACGUACAUUGCUAUUUGCAAUUAUCUAGAAUUCCUUCGAAUAGAAAUGGCAGACCAGGUAAUGUUCCUUAUCCGAAUAAAGGAAUUUGCUUGGCGCAAUGGAACUGCGUUUAGGUUCACAAAAAUAAUUCAAGCCACGACAAUUAGUUAACUGAAGUACCAUAUUUAACUAGAAUCUUUGGUUUCUCAUUAAAUAAUUUGGAGUUGGUUCUCAAAUCUCCAGCAUUAUUUAGUAAGGCCAUUCAUCAUUCACGAUUCCAAAACGAUCACAAAAACGAAGCUUUCUAUAAAAAAUACACACUUUCCAUAAGUAAAUCUAAAUAACAAUACAUCCAGUUUUUUUUUCACACGGCUUAGUUUUAGUCGAUUAAGGGCCGAUUUCUUCACCUCCGCUUAGUGCUUAAACCCGGUUUAAACGUAUGGGUAAGCACCGCUUAAGAGUUAAGCGAAGGUGAAGAAAUUGGCCCUAAGACUUUAAGCGUCAAUGAAACAAUGAGUUAGCCCCACGAAAAAAAUCAAAGAAAAUUCAGGUGGUAUUUAAAAAGCUGUGAAAGUUCAGGUUAACCAAGAAAUUAAUGAAUUCCAACCGAGUAAAAAAACCUGGGUGUACCUACAUGAUUGUCUAAGUUCUCAUCAAAUAAAAAAAAGUCUUCAUUGCAUCUAUUUUAUGGUUUAUUUUCGAAUAAUUUGUCGCUAAUUAGAUUUUUUUGUAAGCAACUUUUUCUAUAGAAUAUUUUGUUGUAAAAUGGAUAUUACACAUUUAAAUUAUUUAUUGUUGAAUUGUUUUAUCUUUUGGAAAUAUUUUAACAUGAUAAGUUUUAACUCGCCGUUAGAAGUAUUUUUUUGUCUUCAUUUUAGAGGUUUAGUUUAGAGGCCCUGGGCUGGCUCUAUUCUACCGUUAAAAGGUGAUUUAAGUAGUUAUUUGUAAUUUGGAGUAUAUUGGUUUGAAAAAGAGUUGUGUCAGCUUAUAGGCUGUAUGUUCAAGAAUAAUUCUAAUAUUCUUUAAGUAACUCUCUGUGUAAAAUCUACAGCCCCAAACGAGCCGUUAAACAACAAUCGAUGGAAUCAAUUAAACCAAUAAGAAUAGAAAGGAUCAAAAGUAAAUUUCACAAUUGAAAUUUAAACCAUUAACGCUCAAAGUGUAGGCAAUGUUUGUUGGGCGUUCACACGGGUAGCCCUAUGUAUAUGACGCUGGGCUGGGAUUAAAAAAAUGAAUCUUUGAUUACAUGAGCCAUGGUCAAGUUUAAAAUUUUUAUUCGAAUACUUUGUAUAUAUUUCUUUGAUUUCAAAAAUCAUCAAGACUCUACAUGAUAUGUGUCAGGGAUAUCAAGAAACAUAAUUAAGUAUUGGUUUUGGAAAUUUAGGAAUCCCUCAAAUAUAUUUCAGGUACCGUGCUGUGCCCUUAUUCCGUUCACCUAAGACAAUGCGCUAUGUCUAAAAGCUCUAAAAAAUAGCCGUUUAGUAUUUUGAAGCUCCAAUUUCGCUGCAUAGUGUAAUUUUUAUAUACAAUUGAAAAUAAAAUUUGUUGGGAUGCAUUCAUAGACUUAGGCUCCAAUAGUGAAAACAAAAUUGACCAAUUAUGCGGUCCUAAUUCCAAUCGCCUGAAAUGGAAUUGUUCCUAAUUCCGUUCAUUCGUGUUCCUAAUUCCAAUCACCCGAAAAACAUUUGAUUUCUUGGAGAUGCUAAUACCAGGCAUCAUUUUUCUCACAAAUCCAUCUUUUCAUUUAUUAUAAUAUUGCAAAUAAAAAGCUUAAAAUGUAAUUUCCUUCCAAAUUUUAAAUACAAACAAUGAAAGAUAUUUUCUUAUAUAGGCAAGUUGACUGUUUUUUUCGUUUGUUUCACUUACCAUUCGAGAUAUAUUCAACAUGAACAUUGAUGCUAGCUGCCCAGUUGCAUUAUGUACCACAGAAAAAGACAGAUACAAUACCUUAUCGGAGUUUUACACCUUAUCCUCAACGUAAUUUUUACUUGAGCCUGGAUACUAGGCCUUUAAUUCCGACCUGAACCUUCCAAAACAAUGUCUCUGUUUGUUUGGAAUUGUUCGUACCACUGUUUCGUUCAGAUUUAAUAUUAUUCAAUGUUUCGGUUCUUUAAAGUACCGGAUAACCCUUUUUCUACGAAGUAUUCACGGAUUUCGGUAAAACAUAAUCUUAUUUGCAGCUCAGAGAUGGCAGUGUUCUUUUUAUAGAAAUUCGCCAAGAAAUUUCCGGAUAAAGCUUUGAAACAAGAACGCCACUAUUAAAUGGAUUGUGCUGUUUAAAACUGUUCGCAUUCUUCGAAAACCCUUUCUCAACAUUUUCAGCAUUAACUUUAUAAAUCAUCAUUAAAUCAUUAACUGAAAAACCUGUAUUUUCCCGGCACGAGUUGAAAAAGAUCCCUUAACCUUUUCGCGUAGUCGUUCCUUUCGGUCUGCCUGCUUGCGGGAUAAAGUUUCAAAUGUUCACCAUUCAUAUGGUUUCAUGUACGAUGUAUUUUUCUUGCCAUUGAGAAUCCAUCCUCCAAACCCGAUGAACGGAAUAAGGAACGAGUAGAUUUAGAUGUACCCUUAUUCCGGUCAAGAUAUUUUUCACUUUUCAGCAUUUUCUGUCGAGAAAAUACAGACAACAAUUUGGUAAUACGCUAUAAUAUUACCUGUUUUGUCUUGUUAUGCUGCUGUGUUUGAAAUCCAGGACAAAUUUUCACUUAAAAAUGCUUAAAUAUUAUGACAGACGUUCUUAGCAAGUGGAUUAAUGAAAAUAGUCAAAAUGGCGCUCGUAGUGACGACCAACAAAUUUUGUUUAAAUUUUCACUAUUAAUCGCUAUAAAUUACGCUGGUUUUCAUUUCAUUUCAUGCAUACAUAACCAUAGAAAAGUACAAGGAUAUUUUUCUGAUGUCUUUAGACAAAAACUCUUUAUUAUUUAUCAUUUUGUUUUGCGUGAACGGAAUUAGGCGCUGAUUGGAAUAAGGGCACAGCACGGUAAUUCUUAAAUUCCCCAGACUUUCUGUAUUAUGCUUUCUAUAGACACUUUUUCCCCUUCCAUAUUUCUACUAAUGUGAAAAAUAUCAAAACUUCAUCAAAUAGAAAAUGCAAAACAUUACGAUUGCCGAGAAUCCUACAAUUGAUAUCUUGACAACCCUUUCGAGGAAUCCCUGUGAACAAAAAUCCGAAAUUUCGGUAAUCGUUACAGACAUCUCGAAAAAGAAUAAAUUUUGCUGGAUUUCGGUAAAUAUUGACAAGGUUUCGAGAAAAAAUAACAAGAUAUCUGCUGUUGGAUUUUUGGCGAAAAUUAUGCUCAGGUCGGCAGUGUGCUAUGCAGAACCCAUAUACGCAUACCGCUUUUUACUUUAUCAAAUCAUCUAAUUUAACUUAUCAUGUAAAUUAAUAAAACCUCAUAGUCCAGUUGCUAUUUUGUUAAAGCUUAAAACGUCACAAAAGCUUGACUACCAAAAACAGCAGUCAUUCUACCACAUGUGGGGAGCAACUUAAAUAAGAGCGUCUGUAGAAUCUUCGAAAUAAGAAAUGUGAAUGAUAGCAAUAUCUAUGUAGAGCAGAUGAUCUCAAUGAGCGCCAAAUAUCGUCUCACUAAAAUGGUAGAUAAUAAGUAUAGAAGCAAUGAUGAAACAAUCCUGUCACCAAGUAAUAUUCCAUGGAAACUAUCCGGAAUUGGCCUUAAAGAAGUAAAACAGAAUCAGCAAUCUGCUAUCGAUUUGUUCGUUUUUUCAUUCCAUCCUGUACUAUUAUUCUUCCGGACAUAUAUUUAUUUUUAUUAGGAAUAGGUAGUCGGUUUUACUAUUUUUAUUGUUUGUCGGUUAUAAUAGAAGUAAUUGUUUUGUUUGUGUCGUUUGACACGUAUGGAAUAAAAUAAAAAGAUCUAUAAGAAUCUGAACUUUUACACCAUGUUUCUACUUGAAAUAUAAAUUCU